CUCAGGGAUGGACGAGGAGCGCGGAGUGUUUGCUGCUUGUUUCUGUAAAGGUGCACACAGCACUAUGAAUGUGUCUGAGGAGGGAGAGGAUGAGGUCUCUGCUCUUAAAGCAGCUCUGAAUGAACGAUACGACAGCCAGACCACAGCUAAUAGCCAAGUGAAGCAGGAGAGACCAGAAUCACCUGAACCCAGCUGUGUGUCCCUGAAGAGUGACAAGUCUAAGAAAGAUCCUAUUGAGUUCAACAAUGGAGGCCAGUUUACUCAGCAAGUCCAAGCAGAGCAGGAGAGACCAGACUCAUCUGUACCCAGCUGUGUGUCGAUGAAGAGUAACUGGUCUAAGGAUGAGCCUUGGAAUUUCAAGGAUGGAUGUCACUCUGUUGAGCAAAAAGCUCACCGAGAGAGGUCAGAAGUUCUCAGUCAUCGGCCUGGCUAUCAGAAGAAGCACCAAACAAACCUGGACUCCAUUUUUAUGCUGCUCGAAGAGAACAUUGUUGAUUUUGUGAGAAACGAGUUGUGGAAAUUCAAGAGACUUGUGAAUCCAGAAGAUCAAGAAGGCUUGGAGAAGCUCAGAGAAGAUGAUGAAGAAGACGAAGGGCAGAGGAAGAGCAACAGUGAUGCAUUUCUCCAGAUUACACUGAACUUCCUAAGGAGAAUGAAGCAGGGGCAUCUGGCUGACUUUCUGCAGAGUAAAACUCUUGCUGCAAUUUGCCAACGUAAACUUAAGUCUAACAUGAAGGAGCAGUUCAAGUGCAUCUUUGAGGGGAUUGCCAAGGCAGGAAACCCAGCCUUUCUGAAUCAGAGCUACACAGAGCUCUACAUCACAGAGGGAGAGUGUAAAGAAGUCAGUAUUCAACAUGAGGUCAGACAGAUUGAGGCAACAUCCUGGAAAGCAGCAAGUUCAGAAACAACCAUCAGAUGUGAGGAUAUAUUUAGACCUUUACCUGAAAGACGUGAGCCAGUGAGAACACUGGUGACAAAGGGAGUUGCUGGCAUUGGGAAAACAGUCCUAACACAGAAAUUCACCCUGGACUGGGCUGAAGACAAAGCCAACCACAAUAUACAGUUUGUCUUCCCAUUUGCUUUCAGAGAGCUGAAUUUCCUGAAAGACAAAAACUUAAGCUUAGUGGAACUUGUUCAUCACUUCUUUACUGAAACCAAAGAAGCAGGAAUCUGCAGGUUUGAAGAGUUCCAGGUUGUGUUCAUCUUUGAUGGACUGGACGAGUGUCGACUUCCUCUGGACUUCAACAACACUGAGAUCCUAACUGAUGUUCUGGAGUCCGCCUCAGUAGACGUGCUGCUGACAAACCUCAUCAAGGGGAAACUGCUUCCUUCUGCUCGCCUCUGGAUAACCACACGACCUGCAGCAGCCAGUCAGAUCCCUCCUGAGUGUGUCGACAUGGUGACAGAGGUCAGAGGGUUCAAUGACACACAGAAGGAGGAGUACUUCAAGAAGAGGUACAGAGAUGAGGAGCAGUCCAGCAGAAUCAUCUCCUACAUUGAGAAAGCACGAAGCCUCCACAUCAUGUGCCAGAUCCCAGUCUUCUGCUGGAUCACUGCUACAGUUCUGGAUCAUGUGCAGAAAAGCAGAGAGAAAGCAGAGCUGCCCAGCACCCUGACUGAGAUGUACAUCCACUAUCUGUUGGUUCAGACCAAACAGGGGAAUGUAAAGUAUCACAGAAGAGCCGAAACAGAUCCAAUCUGGAACUCAGAGACCAAGAAAACCAUUCUCGCUCUGGGAAAAUUGGCUUUUGAGCAGCUGGAGAAAGGAAACCUGAUCUUCUAUGAAGGUGACCUGAAAGAGUACGGCAUUGACAUAAAAGCUGCCUCAGUCAACUCAGGACUAUUCACAGAAAUCUCCAAAGAAGGACAUGGGUUCAACCAGGAAAGGGUGUUUUCCUUUGUCCAUCUGAGCAUUCAAGAGUUUCUGGCAGCACUCCAUGUCUUUGUGAUAUUCAUGAACACCGGUGUCGAUCUACUGAGAAAAAGGAAGUUGCCAUUACAUCGUGACUCGAUAGUGAAAUACCUCUUCUACACUGCAGUGGACAAGGCUUUACAGAGUCCAAAUGGACACCUGGACUUGUUUGUACGCUUCUUCCUGGGCCUUACACUUGAAACCAAUCAGUCACUCUUACGAGGCCUGCUAAAAAAGACAGAAAGCAAACUACAGGUCAAAGAAAAGCUAGUGCAGUACAUCAAGGGGAAGAUCAGAGACAGUCCCUCUCCAGAGAGAAGCAUCAAUCUGUUUCACUGUCUGAAUGAGCUGAAUGACCAUUCUCUGGUGGAGGAGAUCCAAGAGUACCUGAGGUCAGGAAGUGUCUCUGAAGUCAAACUCUCUCCUUCUCAGUGGUCAGCGCUCGUCUUCAUCUUGCUGUCAGCACAAAAAGAUGUAGAUGUGUUUGACCUGAAGAAAUUCUCAGCUUCGGAGGAGGGUCUUCUGAGGUUGCUGCCAGUGGUCAAAGCAUCCAAGACAUCUCUGCUGAGUGGCUGUAACCUCACAUGGAGAAGCUGUGAAGCUCUGGUCUCAGUUUUAACGUCCAAGAACUCCAAUCUGAGAGAACUGGACAUGAGCAACAAUGACCUGCAGGAUACAGGAUUAAUGCUGCUCUCAUCUGGACUUAAGAAUUCACACUGCAGGCUGGAGCGUCUCAGGUUGUCAGGUUGUCAGAUCACAGAGAAAGGUGGUGAUUUUCUGGCUUUGGCUCUGGAGUCCAACCCCUCACAUCUGAGAGAGCUGGACCUGAGCUUUAAUCACCCUGGAAUUUCAGGAGUGAAACUGCUGUCUGGACAAAAGGAUUCACGCUGGAAACUGGAAACUCUCAAGAUUGAUCACUGUGGAAAGUGCAGACUGAAAUCAUCACCUCUUAGGUAUUUCUGUGAGUUUACACUGGACUCAAACACAGCAAACAAAAACCUCUUACUUUCUGAAGACAACAGAGGAGUGAUGGUGGUGAAGGAGAAGCAGCCAUAUCCUGAUCAUCCAGAGAGAUUUGACAGCUGGAAACAGCUGCUGUGUAGCGAAGGCCUGACUGGACGCCAUUACUGGGAGGUACAGUGGAAAGGAAGGGUUAGUAUUGGAGUGACAUACAGAGGGAUCAAGAGACAAGGAGACAGUGAUGACUGCUGCAUUGGAUGGAACGAUCAGUCCUGGAGUCUGCUCUGCACCGCUCAGGGUUUCACUGCCUGGCACAACAACACACCAACAGACAUUGAUACACCCCCACCCACUGACUCCAAGAGGGUAGCAGUGUAUCUGGACUGGUCUGCUGGCACUGUGUCCUUCUACUGUCUCCCCUCCAUAGUCUCGUCACUCAAACUGACCCACCUCUACACCUUCCACUGCACAUUCACCGAACCCCUUUAUCCUGUGUUUGGGUUCGGACGAAUGCUCGAGUUUGGGACUGACUCUAGAUUGUUGGCAUCCUCAGUUUAUCUGUCACCAAAUGAAGAAUGAAUGUUGUUUAGAAGAGUGGUUUCCAAAGUGUGUGUGUGGGACACUGAGCCAAAACAAAAUCACUGUAUUAUAUGUAUAGCGGUUAUAUACCCUAGUUUUGCACUGACCUGAACAUAACAGCUUAGACUAGCAACACACUGAAUGUACUACUGAACUGAAGAUAUCCUGAUACAGUGCUAAAUGUCGGCCUGUGUAAACAGCAAUCCGUCUACUCACUGUUGUAUGUAUUGAAGUGCAUCUAAACAUAAAAGUGAUUCAUGAUUUCCACCUCUACUCAACACAGACUGAGUUUAACAGACCUGAGAUGGUCAUAAGAAAUUAAAAUAUGACUAUAAAGCAGAAGUUUAGUUUAUGCUGUUUUGUGGAUGGGCAAACUGUUAGCAUAUUUAAUUUAAAAUUAUUGCUAUAUUGACUAUGAUGCUCGUGUGAUAGCAGUGAGCACUUACCUUACGUAAACAGUAUUGUCUGUUCCCAUUUUUCCAGUUAUUCAUACAUUUGCAGUUCUGUUCAGUAAAUAUCUAACAUGCUUCUAUAUUAACUCCACCUGUGUGCACUCUUCUAUAUACUGCAUAUUCUGCAUCCACAAUUUUGUAAGGUACAAAUCUCUACCACUUGAUCAUGUUUCAUAUAAAACAGUUGCCUCUACAAGAACAUAUUAAAAUAUGAAAGUUAAGUUCUAGUUUAAAUAUAGAUGUUUUCCAUAAGUUAGUGUUAAUACUGUAUGUGUGUGUUACAUAGGCUGUAGCCUUUUCAAGUCUGAACAACUGAGCAUCUAUAGUAUAUGUCACACGUAUGCAUCCAACCACAACAUGCAGCCACGCCACAUUCCUGAGUGACUUAAAGAUCGAUCUUAGUUCAGUUCAUAUUAUGAAAGUUGAGCUCUCUGUAAAUGUCAUUUUAAAGAUCAUCUGCACCCCGAGACUGAAAGACUUUGUGUUUAUGUUCAUGUAAUAACAAAACCAACAUGAGUGAUGACUGUCUUGUACUAACAGUUACUGCUCCUACAUAUUUCUGUCAAAAGGACUAAACCUGAAUACUUCUUCUGUGUGUUGAACUUAUAUAACACAGAAGAAUGUAGUUCCUCAUGAACAAGUUUGGAGAAGUUUUGUUUGCUGGUGUUGCUGAUGUUUAACCUUUGAGUUUCAUUGACAUUUGCUUCACUUCCUCAUUGUUUACUGUCCGACAUACCUGACCACUGAAUGUUUAAACAAAAACUUGUAACUGAUUGAUUUCAUCAUAUCCAUAUAAAUCACCAAUGCUCUCUUCAAAAGUCAACUUUCAUUGCUCUGUAUUUGGUACAUUUUUAGUAUGUGUUCUCUUCUCUUCUUGUCAUUUUGUUUCAAUAAAUCAAUACAGUUUUAUUAUA